CAUUUCACCCUUGGCAACAUCUGAUUUUGUGUCUACUUUUCUUUCAUCCUGUCGCUCUUUUUGCUGUCGUCGCACAUCCGGAACAAUGUCGCGCUAUCACCUGAGCAGCACCUCCCGCGCCCUUUACCGCGUCUUCGUUGCACCAAAUCUCGCUCCUCGUCUUCAGAUCCCGCUUCGAUGCGCGCCCACAUUCUCCCUCAACAUACCAUUACUUCCCAUCACCGCUGUGCGCACAAAAACCAAUAAGCCAGCAGUACGACAAGCGCUGUCCGACCUUUACACCUUUGACAAUGCUAUCCAAGCCGACACAAUUAAUCUUAUCGACAAGCAUGGCACCUUCUUAAAAAACGUAAACUUCCAGGAUGCAAUGCGCAAGUUCAACCGCGUAACUCAUCACCUCCUCCUCAUCUCCGAAGGCCAGGUCAACGAGUAUGGCGAGCCGGAUCCGGAGCACCCCCCAACAUGCAAGAUCAUCAGCAAGAUCGACCUUCGAAUGCAAUACAACAGAAGAAUAGAGGUCGCAAGGAAACUUGAAAAGGGCCCCAGUACAAAGAACCUAGAGCUCAACUGGGCUAUUGCUGGCGGGGAUCUGAAGCACAGGCUGAACAAGCUAGAGGGCUUUUUGAUAGAGGGAAAGAAGGUCGAGGUCUUGUUCAAGCCCAAGAAGAGGGGGAAGAAGGCAACCGAAGCGGAGGCCAAGGGCGUGUUGAAAGCUGUCACUGAUCUUGUGGAUACUUGCAAAGGCGCUGGAGAGGUCAAGCGAGAGGGAGAUGUAGGCGGUUUUUUUACCAUUGUGUUCCAGGGGACAGAUCUUCGGAAGACCAAUACGGGGAAGAAGGCUCUGCCGGACAAUCAGGCCAAUUCGGAAGAGGACACAAACGCAGAGAAAGAGACCAAGUUCAACAAGAACCAGCGUACUGCACAGAUGGACCACGCCAAGGGUGGCACAGAUGCGUUUGGCGCACACGGAUUCUAG